AUGUGGAGCUGUGGGAGGGCGAGGGGGGCUGCGGGUUGGGCUGCCCUGCCACCGCUGCUGCUGCUGCUGCUGCUGCUGUUGCUGUGGCAGCACCCGCCGACGGCGCGGACCUACAACCUGGACACCCAACACCCGCUGCUCUUCCGGGGGGGCAACGGGACCUUCUUCGGGUACUCGGUUCUCCUGCACCGCCACGGCGAGGAGAGAUGGCUGGUGGCGGGCGCCCCACAGGCCAACUGGCCCGCCAACAUCUCGGUGGCCAACCCCGGGGCCAUCUUCCGGUGCCGGAUCGGGAGGAACCCCCACGGGCGGUGCGAACAGCUCCAGCUGGGCAACCCCAAUGGAGAGCGCUGUGGGAAGACUUGUUUGGAAGAGCGUGAUAAUCAGUGGCUGGGUGUCAGCUUAUCGAGGCAGCCAAAAGAAAAUGGAUCUAUUCUUGCUUGUGGACAUAGGUGGAAAAAUAUCUUUUACAUAAAAAAUGAACACAAACUCCCAUAUGGAAUUUGUUUUGCCAUCUCUUCUGAUUUUCGGACUGAGCUGAGCAGAAGAAUAUGCCCAUGCUAUAUAGAUCAUGUGCGAAGGUUUGGAGAAAACCAUGGGUCAUGCCAGGCUGGAAUGUCUAGUUUUUACAUUGAGGAUUUAAUUAUAAUGGGAGCUCCUGGGUCAUUUUAUUGGACUGGUUCUGUUUUUGUAUACAACACAACUGCAAAUACAAUCCAUGCUUAUACAGAUUCAAAUAACCAAGUGAAAUUUGGCAGUUAUCUAGGAUACUCUGUGGGAGCUGGACAUUUUCUGACAUCAAACAGUACAGAAGUAAUUGGAGGGGCACCCCAACAGGAGCAGACUGGUAAAGCAUACAUUUUUAGCAUUGAGAGGCAACUAAACAUUCUAUUUGAACUACGAGGUAAAAAGCUUGGUUCCUACUUUGGAGCUGCAGUUUGUGCUGUGGACCUGAAUUCAGAUGGCCUCUCAGACUUGCUAGUUGGUGCUCCAAUGCAAAGUACCAUCAGAGAGGAAGGAAGAGUUUAUGUCUAUAUCAAUACAGGUUCUGAGGCAAAGAUGGUAGAACUGAACAUAGAGCUCAGUGGGAGUGACUCAUAUGCAGCUCGGUUUGGAGAGUCCAUAGCCAAUCUAGGAGACAUAGAUAAUGAUGGUUUUGAAGAUGUAGCAAUUGGGGCUCCACAAGAAGAUGAUCUAAAAGGAGUUAUUUAUAUAUACAAUGGCAGGGAAGAUGGAAUAACGCCAUUGUUUUCACAGAGAAUACAAGGACAUCAAGUCAGUAAUUCCUUAAGCAUGUUUGGACAAUCCAUAGCAAGUGGCGUUGAUGCAGAUAACAAUGGUUAUCAAGAUGUAGCAGUUGGUGCAUUUCUCUCUGAUUCAGCUGUGGUGCUGAGAACAAAACCGGUGAUAAUUGUUGAAGCUUCUUUGAAACAUUCCAAUUCAAUAAAUCGGACUAACUUAGACUGCAUGGAAAAUGACCAGCCUGCCACCUGUAUGAUUUUGAAGAUAUGCUUUACCUAUACAGGACGAGAAGUACCGGGUUAUAUUGUACUGCUUUAUAAUCUCAGCAUUGACGUGGACAGAAAAGUGGAUACACAAGCAAGGUUUUAUUUUUCCUCCAAUGGAACAUCUGAUACAAUCUCAGGAAAUUUAAAGAUUAACAGCAAGAGUAUUGCCUGCAAAGAUCAUCCAGCAUUUAUGAGGAAAGAUGUAAGGGAUAUCUUGACACCUGUACAUGUUGAAGCAAGUUAUCAUCUGGGACACCACAUUCUACAGAAAAGAAAUGCUCAGGAAUUUUCACCACUUCAACCUGUUCUUCAACGGAGGAAAGAAAAAGAUAUUAUAAAAAGCAAGUUUGUUUUUGCAAGAUUUUGCUCCCAAGAAAACUGUUCUGCUGACUUGAGAGUUUCUGGAAAAGUUGCUUUUCCAAAGCCUCAUGAUAAGAAAACAUAUCUUGCUGUUGGAAGUAUGAAGACUCUAUUGUUGAACAUUUCUCUGCUUAAUGCUGGAGAUGAUGCAUAUGAAACUGUCCUCCACAUUCAGAUCCCUAAAGGCCUUUAUUUCAUCCGAAUUUUAGAAUUGGAAGAAAUACAGAUCCACUGUGAAGUAUUAGAUAAAGAAGUUAAUGCAGUGAAACUUGAGUGCAGUGUUGGUUAUUUAUAUAUGGAUCAAAAAUCCAAGCUGGAUUUUAGUUUCCUCUUGGAUGCAAGCUCGUUUACCAGAGCAGAGGAAGACCUCAACAUCAUCAUUAAUACUACCUGCAAAAAUGAAGAAGGGAACAUGCUGCAGGAUAACACACUCACUUUAGCUGUACCCUUAAUGUAUGAGAUUGAGUUAAAUACUCAUGGAUUUGUAUCACCAGCUUCGUUUAUUUAUGGAACAAAUGAGAAAGAUUCACCAGUAACAUGUAUGAAGGAGAAUAUCAACUUCACUUUCCAUGUUAUCAGUGCAGGACCAAGCAUGGCUCCAAAUACAAACUUGGAGAUAAUGAUACCUAAUGCUUUUCCACCCAAUGACUUCAAACUAUUCAACGCAUUGGAUAUCAAGACAACAGUUGGACAGUGCUUCUAUAAUAAAUAUCCCAGAAAUUGCAGUGCAGCAGAAAAAAAUGAAAAUAUAUUGAAGGAUUUAGUCACUUUCUUUUCAAAGCCUGCUAAGAGACAAAUGUACUGCAUGAAAAAUGACAGCCUUUGCUUACAAAUAUAUUGCAAGCUUGGAAACAUGGAAAGUGGAAAAGAAGCAACCAUUCAGUUGCAGCUGGAAGCUACUCCUUCACUUUUAGAAAUGGAUGAUGCAUCAGCAUUGAAGUUUGAAGUAAGAGGAACAGCCUCACCAGAAAAAAAUGCCAAAGUUAUUGAGCUACACAAGGACAAGCAAGUUGCAUAUGUCUACUUGGAAGGACUGCACCAUCAAAAGCCAAAAUAUCAUGUUACUGUGUUAAUUAUUGGAAUAAGCUUAAUAACUGGUGUGACCUUGUUUUUGCUUCUUUCAUUUCUACUAUGGAAGAUUGGCUUUUUCAAAAGGCAGUACAAACCAGUCCCUCAAGACACAAAGAGAAGAGACAGCUGGAGUUUUACAAAUGGAAACAAAGAUGACUAAGAUGGCAAAUAAAUGUUUGAUUUUAAAAUGAAGAAUUUAAGAUUCAGGUUAAUUCCCAGGAGAAACAUCAGUGAUAUGAAAACUGGUACGGAGCUCACUCACUUUUACACAGUACACUUUAUUUCCUUGAACUGUAUGGAGGACUACACCUUAAGAAUACUGUUGUUUUUCUCAUGUGAAUAUGGUAAACCAGUUUGUUUUGAAGGCUAACAGCGGUAUUUAAAAUGCCAUAUAUAUAUAUCUGGUUUCAGACAGAAGAACACUAAAGAGAAGAAUUACUGGAAAGAAGAAGUUCUAGAAAGUAGUAACAUUUGGCUAACUCUGGAAAAUAAGACCUCAAACACAUUAGCAUAAAUUACUCUAUUAUUUUUCAAGUUUUAAUAAUCUUUUGAUUAGACAUUCAAGAAGAAAUCUUCCCUCAUCUUGCUUUGGCAGUUUUACAGGGGUAAGUUAGUUUAAACUAAUAGAAGGACGAUAAGUAAAGCUCACAGAUGGUAGAGAACAGCUAUGACAAGCUCUCUCGGGCUUCUGAAGGUAACCUCGUAAGCUUUGACUUCACAGGCAAAAGUCACAAGACUGCAGAGACUUAAGACACCCAGGCAAGCCAGAACCAAGAAGGUAAAAGGUGCAUUCAGAGCAGGGAAUUCCAUGGGGCAGCCUGGGGAUACAGUGCAGAAUCCUUUCUAGAGGAUCUGUAGAAAGCUUAAUGUACUGGAGAUCAAAAUUUGUAGCAACCUUUACUAUGGUACUUGCAAGCAUGACAGAAAUAGUUGUUUCAUCCUUUCCUGAGAUACUGCUGCCAUGAUGUUUUGGACUUCUCCAGUGAAAUAUUUCUAUGGGGGGUUUUAUAAAGCAAGUAUUUAUUUUUAUUUAUUUGAAGAUUUUUCUAUAGUACUUAGGAUAGUAGUAUUUAGUAUUGGCAUUCUUCCAGGACCUGGGUGGGGAGGGAAAAAGACUUCACAUGACAACAGAAACACAUAGCCCAAAGACUCUAAACACCGACCUUACUGGGCCAAAUUUUAACUGCAGAUGUGCCACCUUUACCUGAAAGUACUUAAGGGAGCCAUUUGGAGAGCUAGCUUGAGUUCUUGUGAAGUUUGCCAUCCAAAGGGGCGUCCUCAGAAGCCACACAGCAGAAAAGGCACAUGACUGAAUAAAAAUGUGGUUCAAACUAGUGCUCCGCUACUACAGGUUAUCGUCUAUCUUCAGCUAGAUAAGUUUGCACUGCCACCUAGCUUUGGUGAAAUAGUACAGACCAGGGAAAAAAGGGUUACCAUGCUCCCCAGUGCAACUGGAGAAGGUACAGCUUGAUCAAUAACUGAAUUCAUUGCCACAGCAGUAUGCACUGAGGCCUUUCUUGCCGUGCCUUUGAUGUCUUUCUGAACUGCAAGGAGAAAUUAAUGCAAUAUGUACCUACGUGUUGAAGCUGCAUCAUCACGCCGGACUCAAAAGCAACUGCAUGUGCCUUCAACAAGCAGCUUUGCUAAUAGACUGUUUGGUGCCCUAAAAGCCCCGUUGUCCACAGAUUCUAAAGGUAUUGGGGACCAUUUGGUAAUUUCCUUUCACUUAUUUUGAUGCCAAAGAUGUGGAUCACUCUAAAUUUUCUCUCGGAAGUCUUCUGCAGUGCAAGGACAAAUGAAUGUGCAUAUUUUAUUUUUUUAAAAUCCAAAUAAAGUAUGUGAAAAAGGAAAUAUUUUCUUGUAAGUCUGUGAGUAUCCAGGAAAUGCUUUAUCAUCUUCCAAAUGGCUUUAGUGAAUUUUUGCACUUUAACCAAAAUAUCUUAGAACAGAAACCAGUUGGAUAUUGCAGCAUAUUGUGAAAAAUAUACCUCGAAUAGUGGAAGAAGUAUUAGCGUUCUUUUAGGUAAAAACAAUGCAAAGAAAUGAAACUAAAGGGUUAUUUAUCUUUGAAAUAGUUUACAUAAGUCAACACAUGUGAUAGUGUUGCCUUGGAAAUUGUAUACUUCCUAAUCAGAUUUUAUUAUUAACCUGUAAACGUUGGCUGCCUGUUCUUAUGAAGCAAAAUUCAGUUAGCUUUAAUAAACCAGGUUGACAAAAAAAUGAAUGUACAAUGUCCUGAUGGUGCCAAGCUUAUGAAGUAUCAUCAAUUUCCUUUUAUUUAAAAGAACCCUA